AGAAGGCGAGAAUUAAAUUGUCGAGAGAAGGCGAGAAUUAAAACCCUAAAAUAGAAGAACUCCCUGUCUCCCUGCACUGCUUCCUUCCAUUCUCUCUCUCUCCGGCUCUCUCUAUAUACAAACAUUUACAUACAUUCAUUCAUACACGCUUCGUCUCUAGAAACGGCAUCGCCCGGACGAAUCGACGGUGAUUCGAUUCAGGCACAGGCCGCAAAGCUAUGCAGUUUACUGGGGAGAAAAUGGAGGAAGAGCUGCUGAAGCGCAACACCGAUUGCGUCUACUUCUUAGCCUCGCCUCUCACUUGCAAGAAGGGCGUUGAAUGUGAGUAUCGACACAGUGAUAUUGCUAGGCUCAACCCCAGGGACUGCUGGUAUUGGUUAGCAGGGAGCUGUCUUAAUCCAACCUGUGGAUUCCGACAUCCUCCAUUGCAGAGUUUUUCUGGUAUGUCAUAUGAAUCAACAACUACAUACCAUCAGCCUGUGGUGCAAGUGAACAAGACAAAUGUUCCUUGUUUUUUCUAUAACAAUGGUUUUUGCAAUAAAGGUGAUAAAUGUGUGUUUCUACAUGGACCUGAUGAUGGUGUACCUACAUUGCAAUCCUCAAAGAUAGCUUCUAGAGUCCCUGAUGGACUAGCCGUUGAGAAAAAGAAAUGUCUGGGGAGUGAAAAAGGGUCCGCACAAGUGGAAACACAUCCUAGUUCAUUUGAAACUAGUCUGAAGAUAUCAGCCAACGCAAAGGUCAUGACAGAAGUAAAUCUACAACCGGCAACUAAUAAUCUUACUGAUGGAAAUACUUCUCCAGGUAUUUCAGGAUCUCAAUCUGAAGAAGCUGUAGCAGUAAAGUUGAUUUCUUCACUUCCUGCUGAAGGCUUUACCGAAGGAGGAUCUCAUUUGGCCACCGCAUGGAGUUCAGAUGAUGAAAUGGAAGACAAUAUAGAGAGAGGAGAAUGCUUAGAAUCAUCUCCUGGUUUUGAUGUUCUUGUCAAUGAUAGAUCUGGGGAAUUGGGGUAUGAAGUAGAUCAUGAGUACUCACUCCAAAAUGAUAUGGAUGGCAGAACACUUGAUGAGCAGUACAUGGGAGAUGAUUCUGAGGACAAUAGUGAAUAUCAUCCCGUGCAUCUAGAUACAGGAAUUGUGCUAGACGAUGAGUGUACUAGUUAUCUUUUAAGAAAAAUCAAUGGCCAUGCAAGACAGAGGGUGAAGGAUUGUAUUUUGCCAUGGAAAAGGAAAAACAUGCCGACAAAAUGGGCUUUUAGUGCUAAGGGUAAUAUGGACCUCCGCAACCAUCUGAAAGGGCGCCAAACAGUUGAUCGUUAUACUCUGAACCACUACCAUAGAAGGCAUGACUCGUCUUAUUUUAACACCCCAAGCACAAAUAGGCCUCAUUGUCACAGUACUAGGAAGAGGCAUCAAAGACUGGCAUCAAAGGUGGAAAGUAAAGCAAGUGGGUCACAAUCAGAGCGGGGAAGUUUUCUGAAUGGUAUCAACCAUGAAAGCACAUUGAGACACUCUCACAUGAGCAGUCGUAGGCAGCAUUUUAAGAGGAUACACAGCAAGAAGCUGCCUUUUCUGUCUGAAGUCUCAAGGAUGGGAGUUUCUAAGAAGAGAGAAUCAACUGACAAGUCAAAACUGUUUAGUGCACCCAAGACACUUUCCCAGAUCAAAGAAGAGAAGAGAAGAGCAAAAGGGGAUUGGAAUUUAGGGCCACAGCUGUCUGGAACAAACGUAGAAGAUGAAUUUCAAGGUCCAAAAUCUCUAGCUGAAAUCCUCCAGAGCAAAAGGAGGUAGGGUUGCUACUUCUUACGUCUUUAUAACAAAAUUCCAUCACUAAAACUUUUGCCAUUAUUAGAAUGAAGUUCAUCUAAUUGUUUUUUUUUU